AUGUUUGCUUGUAUCGAGGAUACUUGUUUUACGUGUUUUAAGGUGGGCUUGGAUAAUGCAGGAAAAACCACUGUGCUAUAUAAGCUCAAGCUAGGAGAAGUGGUGACCACUAUUCCUACAAUAGGGUUCAAUGUGGAAACUGUUGAAUACCGUAACGUCUCGUUCACGGUUUGGGACGUAGGUGGACAAACAACAAUUCGGCCCUUAUGGAGAUAUUAUUUUCGCGAUACUCAGGUGGGCUUGGAUAAUGCAGGAAAAACUACUGUGCUAUAUAAGCUCAAGCUAGGAGAAGUGGUGACCACUAUCCCCACAAUAGGUACGUAUUUCUUAUUGAAGAUUUCUGGAAAAACUUUUCUGCCAAACGUGUACUUCAGUAGGCUACAAGAAUGA